GGGAACGGAGCAGGUCCCCGAUGCACAAGUCACGGCAACCCUGGGCGGAGAUGAAGGCGGACUCCGACUGGCUCUGAUUUUUAAAAGCCCUUUUCAUUCAGGAGGUUGAUUGCCAAGCGGUUAUCAUCAAUAUGGCAGAUCCGUUAUUCCGGGCACCCACCACCGCUGCAAAAAUGGCGUCACUUAACCGGGUCCGAGCUUCUUUGGCGAUGAUUUUCUUGACUGUCACGGGCUGUUGUGUCAGCCCGACGCACGGCAAGGACGGGUCCGGGUCCGAGGCGGAGACGGUCAUCAUAGGGCUGCGGCUGGAGGACACGGACGACAUUUCCUUCAUGGAUAAGGGCUACCUGCGGGUGAGCGAGCGGUCCCGGGUGAAGCUGCGGGUGUACGGGCAGAACAUCAACAACGAGACCUGGUCCAAGAUCUCCUUCACGGAGCACGAGCGGAGCCGCGGCAGGGACGGGGACAACCAGAGCCAGGAGCAGCCCUUGGAGCCGCAUCCCUGCGGGAUCAGGACCUCCGACAUCAUCAUCCUGCCCCACAUCAUCCUCAACCGCAGGACCUCGGGGAUCGUGGAGAUCGAGGUGAAGCCCCUGCGGAAGACGGAGCGGAGUAAAGCCUACUACCUUUGCAUCGCCACCUCGGUGCAGGGGAUGAUGAUGAUGCACGACCCGUGGACGGAGAACACCUGGAUCUACCACGACGGGGACGACACCAAAGUGAUCGUGGUGGAGGAGAAGAAGUUCCUGCUGCCGUUCUGGCUGCAGGUGAUCUUCAUCUCCAUGCUGCUGUGUCUGUCCGGCAUGUUCAGCGGGCUGAACCUGGGGCUCAUGGCUCUGGACCCCAUGGAGCUGCAGAUCGUGCAGAACUGCGGCACGGAGCGGGAGAAGAACUACGCCAAGAAGAUCGAGCCGGUGCGGAGUCAGGGGAACUACCUGCUGUGCUCGCUGCUGCUGGGGAACGUGCUGGUCAACACCACCCUCACCAUCCUGCUGGACGACAUAGCCGGGUCCGGGCUCAUCGCCGUGGUCAUGUCCACCAUCGGCAUCGUGAUCUUCGGGGAGAUCGUCCCGCAGGCCAUCUGCUCCAGGCACGGCCUGGCCGUGGGCGCCAACACCAUCUUCCUCACCAAGUUCUUCAUGCUGCUCACCUUCCCGGCCUCCUACCCGGUCAGCAAGCUGCUGGACUACCUGCUGGGCCAGGAGAUCGGCACCGUGUACAACCGGGAGAAGCUGCUGGAGAUGCUGCGCGUCACCGACCCGUACAACGACCUGGUGAAGGAGGAGCUGAACAUCAUCCAGGGCGCGCUGGAGCUGCGCACCAAGACCGUGGAGGACGUGAUGACGCCCCUCCGGGACUGCUUCAUGAUCCCCGGGGACGCCAUCCUCGACUUCAACACCAUGUCCGAGAUCAUGAAGAGCGGAUACACGCGCAUCCCCGUGUUCGAGGGCGAGAGGUCCAACAUCGUGGAUCUCCUUUUCGUCAAGGACCUGGCCUUUGUGGACCCGGAUGAUUGCACGCCGCUCAAGACCAUCACCAAGUUUUACAGCCACCCCUUGCAUUUUGUGUUUAAUGACACCAAGCUGGACGCAAUGCUUGAGGAGUUCAAAAAAGGAAAGUCCCACUUGGCCAUAGUUCAAAGAGUGAACAAUGAAGGGGAGGGAGACCCUUUCUACGAGGUUCUGGGAAUUGUCACCCUGGAGGAUGUCAUUGAAGAAAUCAUCAAGUCAGAGAUCCUGGACGAGACUGACUUGUACACUGACAACAAGACAAAGAAGAAAAUCACCCAUCGGGAAAGGAAGCAGGAUUUCUCGGCCUUCAAGCCUACUGACAAUGAAAUGAAGGUUAAAAUAUCACCUCAGCUUCUGCUGGCUACCCUGCGUUUCCUAGCAACAGAGGUGGAACCAUUCGCACCAGUGCAGAUGUCCGAAAAGAUUCUGCUUCGCUUAUUAAAGCACCCAAAUGUCAUCCAGGAGCUGAAAUAUGAUGACAAGAACAAGCGGGCGCCAGAACACUACCUCUUCCACAGGAACAAGCCUGUGGAUUAUUUCAUCCUCAUUCUUCAGGGGAAAGUGGAUGUGGAGGCAGGAAAAGAGGGGAUGAAGUUUGAGGCGGGACCUUUCUCCUUCUACGGGAUGAUGGCCCUGACAGCGUCGCCUGUGCCCUUGUCCCUGUCUCGUACAUUUGCAGUCAGUAGAGCAGAAUCAUUAGCAGGAUCUCCAGAGAAUAAGUCUCCACCACGGCCAUUUGGAUUGAACCAUUCAGAUUCUCUGAACAGGAGUGAUCGCAUAGACGCUAUCACCCCAACUCUGGGCAGCAGCAACAACCAGCUUAACUCUUUCCUGCAUAUCUACGUACCUGAUUACUCUGUCAGAGCGCGGUCCGACUUGCAGUAUAUAAAGGUAACACGUCAACAAUAUCAGAACGCGGUGAUGGCGUCGCGGAUGGACAAGACCCCCCAGUCGACGGACAGCGAGUUCACGAAGAUCGAGCUGACGCUGACGGAGCUCCACGACGGCGUGGAGACCCCGAUCGUGCUCAGCACCACCACGGCCGGCGUCCCCGCCGUGGCCAACGAGACGUCCCACCUGCUCAACCAGCAGCAGAACUGUGUGGGCCUGAGCAGGAGCAACCACAGCGCCCACAACGAGGGAGCCAUCUAGCCCCCGACCCCCCACCACCGAGCAACGGUGGAGAGCCACACCCUCCACCCAGGCUCACGGACAAACACGGAAGCAGUGGCGGGAACGGAGAUGAGGGGAAAGGUGGAGACGCAGAGGCGGGUUGGAGUCAGGGUUCUGCUCCGACCUGUAGCCCCGGUAAGUCAGUCAGUCAGUCCGUCAGUCAGUCAGUCAGCGGUACACUUCAGUGGGGAGGGGCAGGCAGGAGGGAAGAAAGCUCUGCUGCCCCUCGACAUCCCAACCUGAACGCUGUCAGAAUCACAGAUGUUACAACAUCCUUUUUUUUUUUACAAAGGGUACAACCCCCAGACAGAACCUGUGACUGAGAAUCAUGUUUGGGACAAUCUGACACUUUCAUAGCGGUGACUUGGACUUAGAGGAUAAACGGAGUGCAGGUGCACACGCAAACGUGACAAUACUCGCUGUACUUUCUCCUCAGGCCAAAGACAUUGGUCCUAUUCCUCCCCAAGCCUCAUCUUACACACUUUUCCAACACACAUACAACUGCAACUCCCGCUCUGGUGCAUCUCUCAGCGAAGGCUCAGGCGACGGUCGACCCCCAUCAGACUCUAACCCCAACACACGGAGAGCAACGGUUAGUCAAAGAGGGCACCAAAAACCGCUUUGAAAGAAAAAACCGUUCAACAAUGAUCCAAGAAUGUUUUCCUGUAUUUAUUUAUUUUAUAAUAUUGUAUGUAUAUAUGUAUGCGUGGAGAUAUGAAAUAAACUGGGAUUGGAGCAUGCACAAGUGUCAUAUCGAGAAGAACAUGCUACAUAUUGGGGAUGACCAGGCAUUCUUGUAUAUGAGGAGGGGAGGGUGUUUUACAGAUACAGUAUGUAUAUUACAGAUCCUAUUAUUUUUACUAUUAUCCUAAAUCAGGCUGAUGGUACACUAUCUUUUUCACCUUUAAAAGAAUCACACUAUUGCCUUUAAGAGAAAUCAAAUUAUUAAUUAUUUUAACAAAGUGCAAUGAACCACAGUUUAUUUAAGAGAUGAUUAUGAGUAAUAUAAUUCACUGUAUUAUAAAUUGACAGAUAUGUUUAUAUGUAUGUACUGUAUGUAUAUUUGUUUUUGAAAAUGCUUAACUGCAGCCAUCCACAAGCAGGAUCUUAGUGUCUCUUUCUCUUUGUUUAUUAUGUUUUGCAUCCUUUGACCUCAAACACAUCUAUUAGAGUUCAUGUGGGACUUAAGGUGCCUUGACUUGUCACUACAGUGUA